AACCAUUCGCUAUACGCACGUGUGUCCGAGCGCACAAUCGCCGCGCGCGCGUUUUACCGUCAAGAUCGUUCCGUCGUCGCGAUAAUUUUUCACCGCAAUAUCACGCGACUCGAUCGUCUCUCUCUCUCUCUCUCUCCAAUCUUUCUCUCUUCAAAUCGCAAAUAACAUAACAUAAUAAUAGUACAAUAACAGUUAUUGUUCGACGUCACAGUGAUCGCGGGACGUUUCCGGUUUCCGUCGCGGUGGCCGCUUUUUCGCUUCCCCGAGAGGAUCCGUCCGCGCCACGACCGUCGGCCCGCCGUUCUGGAGUCAAAGUGUCCGCGUCCGCCGCGCAACCGGAUGGCAUGAGCCGCAGACCCGUCGCAGUCGCAGUCGCCGUCGUGGUCGCCGUCGUGGUGGCCGUGUCGUCGAUGUCGGUCGCCCUCGCGGACACCGUGUCCGCCGACGUGCUGCCGGACGGCGAGGUCGAGAUACGCGUGAGCGCCGGCAACGUGACAGCCAAGCGGACGUCGUUUACAUCGCCAGAAACCGGCGAGGAGUUGAUGUUGCAUCAAGUCACGGAUGGAAUACAUUUCAUGCAAAUGAUUUACGGCACAGGAAUGACGCUCUUCGACUGCGAAUACGUCAAAGAACCCGAGACGGCCACGAAUUUCGUUCGAGAGUUUUGGAAUGAGGAACAAGGCAAAAACCACACUGUCGGAUCCUUAACUAAAGAAUAUGCCUCCAUGGUAGAUUUCAAACAUUUGAAAAGAGCUUGUCAUAAAAAUCAUAAGAAAACUAGAAGAAGACUUGCAAGCGAGUAUCAGCAGCAGCAUCACGAGGUCACCACUAAUAACGUGGUCGAUAACGACGGCAAACGCAGAAAGAGAGAUCUGAUGUCCGUGUUGAGAGUUCCUGGUACAAAAUGGUGUGGGAAAGGGCGUUCGGCGAAAUCAUACAGACAACUUGACGGGUUUGGUGGAGCGGAUCGGUGCUGCAGGAUUCACGACACGUCUUGUCCGAUGUGGAUUGGCGCUUUGCAAAGUAAAUACGGUCUGUUCAAUUGGAGGCUGAACACGCUCAUGCACUGCUCGUGCGACCGCAGGUUUCGGUCGUGUUUGAAAACGAUCGGUACCGGAUCUGCGAACCUGAUCGGCAAGCUGUUCUUCAACGUGGUGCAGACCAAGUGUUUCGUACUGAAACGCGUGCGGGUGUGCACGAAAAAGACGUGGUGGGGCAAGUGCCACAGGCACGAAAAUAGGAAGAAAGCUUACAUCAGGAACAACCUUACAUAUUGAACAUUUAGCUUUUGUAUAUAAUAAACCUAUAUACAUAAAUAUAUAUAUAUAUAUAUACAUAUAUAUAUUUGUAUACAUACAAAUUAUUUAUAAAUAAAUUAUAAGACUACUUCUCAUUCUUGUCGAGCUCUGCAGAGCAACUUAUUUCCCAUACAAAGUAGUGCCAGUAGUGGUAUAUUCAUACACACACUUUAUACCUUGCCGGCAAACACCAUCUUUUGUUAUGUAGUCAUAUAUAUGUAUAAUAUACAUUGUAUAUGUUUAGUCACAAAUUAAGUAUCCUAUUAAUUAGGUGCCUAGGCAUACUAAACGCAAUCAACUGUCAUUAUUAUUAUCAUACUAUAAAUUAUACUAAAUUAUAUUUCAGAUUAUGUACGAUUUGUAGUUCUAUUUAAGGUAGUUGUAGAUAUAGUAGGUACCUACAUUAGACAAAUUUGGAUUAUCACUAUUAUAAUGCUGUAUCGGCACGAGGUCAAUACGCAUUUUUUCGCGUUUAUCUCUUUUUAUUCGUACUGUACCUUUAUAGUAUUGUACUUACUUAAAUUUAUCAAUUAUGAGUAUUAUGACUUAACGUUUUUGCUAAUCAACGGCGAUUUGCGUAUCCAUCUGUCGACUUAUUUUGGAAUGAAAUCAAAAAUAAUCGAAAAUUUCAACCGAGAGUAUUUUGAAUACGAGUUUAGACAUUUGGAAGUAAUUAUUUGUAAUGAAAAAAUAUUGAAUAACUAUUCGCCACCAAAUGCGUACAUACAAAAAUACGCCAAUUCUCAUAACACUUGUAGGUAGGUAUUGUGUUACAUGAAACAUGACUAAUCCACGUGUAUUAAAUUACGUUUAUGAAUUGAUCUGGUGUGCAUUUUUUUUUUUACAUUUCCAAUGUGCGAAUAAAUAUUAUCUCUAAAAUUUGCCAUUAUAGAUGGUAUGAAUAAUAAAUUAACAUUUCCUUUUAAAAAAAUAACAUCUUUAUAGAAUAGAUUUCUAGACUUACUGAAUCAGUAAUUAUUACUUAUCAGUUCGGACAAAAUUAUACGGGUUUAGUUGAUUAUAAUUGACGUACCGACUUUAAAUAUAUAAUUUCUCUAACUAUACAUGGAGCGAUCAACAACAAAUAAUAACUAAACAAAUAUUAUUUCAUGGAUCUGCAUACUUACUUUACAUUAAAUAACGUAUUAUUAUUAUUAUUAUUGAAUGAAUACGAAUAUUCGUUAUUGCAUAAUAUAAUUUCUAUAAUAAGUUGUUUAAGAAAAGACAUGUUAUUUCUAAAUUAUUACGUUACGAUAUAGACAAAGGUAGAUUAUUAUCAAUAAUACCUUCCUAAUUAUAUCUAGUUGUAUCUUAAUUAUUUUAGUAAACUUGAAAAAAAAUUACAGUCUAUAUACGUUAGGUAUACUGUAUACUGUAUACUUAUAUAACUCGUUGAACGUAGUUAUUAUUAAUAACAAGAAUGUAGUGACAGUGAUCAUUUUUUAUUUUCGAUAAUAAUAAUAUAUAUUAAUAUGACAGCAAGAGAAAUGUUGUUCGCCAAUUGUUCAAAUAUUUGUUUACUGCAUUUGAUUUGUAAAAAAACUAUACACGUAAUAUAUACGCAUUAAUAUUCAUACAUCACCUGCGAUUUAUUAACCAUCACGAUCAUCGGGUCUUAUAAAUAUGUACCUAUACAAACACAAAAAUACAAUUACUCAUAUUAUAGUAUGUUUAUAAAUUAUAGAAUAGUAUAAUAUAACUAUAAAUACUCAAAAAGUCAAAAGUUAAAAUAAUGUCUUAAUUUUUAAACGUAAGACGUAACUAUAACCUCGCCCAAAGUCAGUAUUAUUAUUAAUUUUUGAUUAUAUAAAUUGAUAGAAGGUAAUAAUAAUACGUUCAUAGUGUUAUAAACAAAUAAAUAUUACCUACAUAUAGAUGUUGCAUAUUUGAAAAUAAGCACAAUAUAUAUUAUAUACAUAUAAAUCACUCGUGUGUUACUCGAACAAUAAGUGAAUACUAUUAAACGUGUAUGUUGAUUUUAAAUAUUAGAUAGACUUAGUAUUUAUAUUUCUUCGAUGCUGUACAAUAUUAUAGUACGUUGUGUCGGCGACUUUUUACGUAGGUACAUUAUAAAUGUAUAAUAGGUAUAGGUAUAAUGUAUUUUAUUGUAGGUAUUCACCAAUAUUUAUUGUAGACAAAUCUAUAAUAAUUGUGUUAUUUGUGUACUAUUUCUAUU